AUGUCGUCUGAUCUUUGUGGAUCAAGCUUGCUUUUAGCUUUGCCUGAUGAUAUGUUUUCUGUCGUUGUUGGAUGCAAGAUAAUCCCGCAAACGAUCGGUCCUUUAGACCUUGAAGACGGUCCUCUUUUGUGGGCGUCUGUCUUCGAAAUCCUCUGCAAAUCCGAUGGCUCGACAGCGUUCUUUUCACACGGGAGGGAGCAAGGAGCAGAUUAUGUUUACCCCGGAUUGUUUAAAUCAGUCCAUAGAAAUUGUAAUGUGCUUUUGCUUGAGGUGGAGGCUCUGCAUCAACGAGAUGAAAUAGAUAAGGGGACUGAAAUUCCUUUUAGCCGUUUGGAAUCUGAUGACAGAGAGAUGCUCCUCGAUUUUGUCACUAGACAAGUCCGCGGUAUUUUUCCAGAUACAGCGACCGCGAUAUUAUUUCCUCCCUUGAGAACCGACGAGGUUGAUUCUCAACAAGAUUUUACAGUCUUACACGAAAGGAGAUUGUUGCUUUUACAAAUAUACGAGCGUAUGUCGAAUCCCACAGAAUUCGGAUCAAGUGAGGCAGGUGACGGGGAUCAGGUGAUCGAACAGAUACUAAGGAAAUCGAGCUCAACAGAUGGCGGUCAAGAAAAUCAGAGUACACUCCAUCAAUUUCUUCGAUCGAGCGAUAGGGUUGGGUUGUGUUUACGAGGUGCAACUAUGGAAUUAAGUUUUCAUAUGGCGUGGCCCCAUAUGGACGAAGAUCAAUCUAUUCUCUAUAAGAUGCCUAUGGAGCCUCCCGACGAAUGUCACAAGUAUGCUGGUUUAUGGGGAGGGGCUUACGGUUGGCCUCCGACGAGGGUGUCUGAAGAAAAAGCCGGAGAGGCCCUUUUCUUGAUUUCGAUCUCUUACGAAGUGACCAAAUGGGGGAAGAAACUUAUGAUUGGUACAAAGAUACUAGAAGGUACGUCGUACGUUGAGCAUCCUAACGGCUCAGCUAUGUUUACAGCGAAUGUAGAUGAACCAGCCUUGGAAUCGUUCCCGAGUUAUGGCGCUGAAGACUCCGAUUUUAUCGAUUCAUUCGGGGAAGAAAGUAUUGCAAGUGGUUAUUGA